AUGCCGCGAACGGGCGCGGCGCGAGGACAACCCGCGCCCGAGCGUCGCGCGCGCGCGUCGAGCGGGCGAUCGAGCUCGGGGAACGGGAGCGAUAAAUCUUCCGAUUCCGAUUUGCUCACCAGGGGGUCGAAGGAGGCGAAGGAGCGACGAAGAACGGGCGGACAGAGGGCGAGGCAGGGUGCGCGGAAGGACAGUGGUUCUGGGUCUGCGGGAUCGGGAUCGCGGAGCGAUGGGAGCGCGGAGGGUCGGAGAGACCGCGAAGGUCGAGUGACGAUCGAUUCACAGCGAAUGAAGCGUCGCAGGAAUGAUCGAAGGGGGACCGAAAGUACGAAGCGAGCGACGCCGCCGGAUGGAAGUCCUAAGAACGUGAGCGACGAUGACGCGAACGAUGGCGGACGACUGUCGCCAAGCGAGGCAGACGAGACUGUGACUGGGGAUUUCGCUGUGCGGUGUCUCGAAAAUGCAAUGAGUGAGGGAUUACAGCCGUGUAAGAUCUUUGGACGGCGAAAGCGAGACCGAAAGACGGAGUACAUCGUGCGAUGGGAGGGAAAGGCGCACAUCGCCAACACGUGGGUGCGAGGCGAGCAGUUACGGAGCACUCAUCCCGAGCUCGUGGCGGAUUUUGACGCCGAGUACGCGGACAGAAACGAUGUUGUCUUGGUAAAACGCGACUGGUUGAUUCCUCAACGCGUCGUAAACGUAACCGGGAUACCGCCGUCGACGCAACUCCUCGUGAAGUGGUGGGGUUUACCCUACGUCGACUGCACGUGGGAGAAGCUCGACGGGCACAGCCUCUUACCCGACUUGCUUGAGCGUUACAUUCAGUUCGAUCACGAGAACUUGGGACGUUCGUAUACAGCUCCGACGAAGACGGCACACAUCGAACCGUACGAGCCGUGUCGCAUCAUGCAGUCUGUCACGAAGUGGAUGUUGGCAACGUGGCUCGAGAACGAAGGCGUUUGCUUUGUAGAUAACUCUCCUCAGAGUAGACACGUGGAGGUGGCGGCGGCCUUCGUGAGCGAGCGGAAAUGGAAGCACACCAAAUCGGCAACGACUCUAAUCAUUGUUGGAGAGCACGAUCUCAAUCACUGGUGCCGACAGUUUGCUCGCUAUGCACCGGGCGUCAACGUCGUCGAAUAUGGUGGAUCCGCGACGUGCCGAGCAACAGUCCAGCAACAUGAGUGGUCUUUUGGCGGACUCGUUUCGGGCGACGAGACACUCCCACAGCCGCGGUUCAACGUACUCCUCACGACGUAUUCCACCGCCAUGCUCGACAUCGUUCUCCUGCGACAAAUCGUAUGGGACUCAGUAAUCUUGUAUGACGGCUCACCGAUGCUCAGCGCAGAGGCGAGCUCGCUCAUGGCUCGACUCGGCACGCUGAAGUCGCCCCAUCGCGCGCUCAUGUUCAAGUCUGCGAAUUUCAGUGAACUUCACAUCACGCUGAACAUCCUAGAUUUUCUGAAAAGAUCGCCGGAAUCGAUGAGAAAUCUUGAGUCGAGACUACUCAACAUCUCGCGCGAGGAGGCAUGCAUGCAAACUGCCGCUCUUCUCGCCGUCGUGACCAUGGACUAUCAAUUCUGCGAAGAAGCAUUAAAGAAUCAGGAGUCUUUGAACGGGGAGAACGUGUGCAUGGGCACGCUUCACACUGCUCGACUUCUUGAGCUCUCGGAGAUAGUCUUGGCAAGCAAAACCGCAAAGAACAACGAGGCGGAUUCGACACCCGUUAAAGAUAAGGACCGAGUAUCGGUCUUCCCGGAGUCUUUCGAUUUCUCAUCACAGAGGUACCUAGGGUUCCUACAUCAGCUCCAAGCCCUGCACAAUCUAUAUCGCUCGCCGGUCGAAUCUUAA